AUGGACAACCAGGUCACCCCCAUCGACCAGCACGCCACACGCCUAUUCCACAAUACCCUGUCUUUCCUGGGAUUCCCUGUCAACACUGCGAUUUACUUCAGCAACAACGCCGCUGAGUGUAACCACCACGAUGGGAUAGAAGGCCAUGGUUGCCUGUCCUGCCCUUACAUCGACUCCUACGAUGCCGACGACGAGCUUCUGGAGGAAAGCAAUGACGAAUGGGAGAGCAGCGACAUCUAUUUUGAGGACGCCGACUCUCCCUUCUCUACCCGCCCCGCCGUGCGCUCACCUAUUAUGGGAGCGCCCUUGUCGCCACUCCUCAUGGAGAACAUCACAACCCUUGGCGAGCUCACCCUCUCCGGAGACUCAUCACCAACUUCCCGGGAUAUCCACGACGGGUUUUCAACACAGUCCACUAGCGCGAGCAUCCCACCCGCCGCUCUCCCAUGGACCGUUCAUCCCCUCCACCUUCCCGCGGGGGGUCCCAACCGAGACGACCCGUCACCAAGUCCUGCAGCAACCAUCACCAUCCCCAACCAUUUUCAACCUAUUCCCUCCUCCCUCCCCCCCGCUUCAUCCUCUCCCCUUCCCACCGCUCCCACCCCCACCCUCCUCAUCUUGUUCGACACCCUCAACCCCCCAACCUCACCCACACCACCAUCUAUCACCCUCUCACCCCCUUCCCCGCCCCACUUCCCCACCACCUCUACCAACACCACCACCAGCUACCAAAGCGACGCCCUCACCUACUACAGCGACGACUCCGCCUACGACGAAGCCUCUUCCGUCUCUUCCGUCUCAGACGGGAAAGAAGGUGGUGUUGGUGUUGGCGUUGGCGUUGGUGCUGGCGGCGGUUGGGGCCGGUGGCGCGGGGUUGCGGCGGCCGAGGUGUCGCUGGCGGUGGUGCUGGUGGAGCAGGAGCUGGGCUCGCUUGGGGAGGGGGUGUGGCGGGGGCUGAUGGGUGUUGAUACGGAUGAGGAGGGGGGGAGUGAUGGGGGGUUUAGUGGGGAGAGUGAUGGGGGGAGUGAUUGGGGGAGUGAUUGA